UUCAGGUUUUCGUGAUAUGCCGAUGAGGUCUGUUGCAAUGCUCCCAUUUGUUGCUAUUCUAUUAAAGAAAGUGGUUGAGUGUUAUAUAUCCCGUGCAAUUGCGAUUUUUGGUUUUGAUCCAAAUAUCACACCCGAGAGUGAGGAGAACAUUGAAUCAACAUGCACAGAAUCAUCAAAUGUGAACGAUCAACAAUCGAGUUCAGAACUAUUGAAUUCUACUUCUGAGACAAAAGCUGUAUUUGUAGAAACUUUGAAUUCGUUAGAUCUGUUUGAGAACUAUCUGAAGAGUCGAAGCGAAGAAACUGCCAAGCCGUUGAAACUGUUGUUUGAUCGCGGAAAAAGUGCUCAUAACGAACUUUUUACACCAGAUAAAAUCGAUGAUUUUCUGGACAUUUUACGUUCCUUUUUAAUUAAUAAGUGUUCCCACGACGAUAAGGAAAGUGAGAGUUUUCUAGAUUGUGAUCAGGGAAGUUCAAACUCUGGAAAUGGAGAAUUGGGCAAAGACGUUGAUUUAAAUUCUACACCAACCAAUAUUUGGGAAGAAGCUUCUAAACUAGAUUUAGUCAACGAAAAAUUUUCUCCACUCUCACCAAAUCGUAAAGGAAACCAGAAGAAUUUUGAAAGCCACCAAGCUAGCAAUCACAACAACGUAGGAAAUGCACCCACGAUAUUUGAAAAUAAUUUGGUAAAGGAAGAUUUUGAUAAGAUACCGGUCCAAGGAGAAGAUUUCGUAAGUUUAGAUGAAGAUUCUUCAAUCGGUCCAUUACGUAACAAAGAUAAAAGAAACAAGGAGCUAGAACGCAAAAUAUCCAAAGAUUCGAGUAUGGUAUGUACUGUAUUCCCACAGUUUAACAAAGAAAAGCAAAGCAAAGGGAUUCACGGAAAUCUUAAAUAUUUCGAUACAGAAAAAAAGAUGAAGUCUGAGAAGAUGUUAGAAGAAAAAGCGUUGAAAUCAAAGAAUUCCAUUCAAUUUCCGAAGUCGCCAGCCAUGAUGAUAUCUCUGAGAGUGAAAGACCUGGAAGACGAAAACCUUUGUCUUAAAAGUCAAAUGAAAUCAUUACAAGCUAAAUACGAAGAUAUUUUAGCUGAGCUUGGUCAAAUCGCUGUUCAGAAAACUGCAAAGGAAAACGAAGAAAGAAGAUCUGAACUCUUUCAGGAAAUAUUUCGUUCCCCAUCGUCCGAAGCUACUACAUUGCCUACCAAUAAACACAGACCAAAUAAUGAUAUGAAUGGCUCUCUAAAAUUUCUAAAAUCUCAAACUACAAAUGAAAACGCGGAUACACCGUCAGUUGCUAUCUAUCCAACCACUUCGACUGAACAGCAUGUCGAUGGCGCAGAGGCCUUGGUGCAACGAAGUAAUCAUCAACCUGGAAAAGAAGAGAUCGUCACAAGUGGUAAAAACGAAAGCGAACUUCAAAGAGAAGAUCGACAAAGUACUGAGAUAUCAACAAUCAAGGAUAGCAACGAAAAUCAAACUCCAUCAACGCAAAACUCAUCGAGUAAUAAUACAUCGAGGGAGAAGACAAGUGGCGGAGAGGGAAUAAAUCAAUCUCGAAAAGUACAGGGAGCCAGAGGUUUAGUAUUGACAUCCCGCCAAAGCUAUGAAAAUUUAUCGCUCUCCGUCCAACAAGACGAUUCUGGAACAGAAUACAUAUCCCUUGGUAAUGUACCACCUACAUCUGUUGCAACAACCUUGUACAACAACUACAAGCUCCUGUUACUAUCCGUGGGUCAAAGACUUCUUUCCUGCGACGUCGUAAAACUGAAUGGCUGGGCAAGUCAGAAUUUCUCAAUCAGCAACCCACAGAAUGCUACCGAUAUCCUGUUUCAACUUGAUCAAAAAGCAGUCAUCAAUGCCUCAGAUUUAAGUCAACUUUCUCAUUUCUUUGAAUCUAUUGUCAGAAUUGAUCUUGUGUAUAUUAUCGACGCAUUUCUCCUUGGUGAUUAUAGUUUACUUCGCCAAACGUCAGCACCCAAACAACAAGCAGCAAAUGCAGCCCAAACCUCCCAGUAUCGCUCCACUACAAUGUAUCAAAGCAUGUUCAAUGCAAUGAGCACUGGUCGUCAAUCUUUGGUCAAUACAGCUGCUAGCGGUACAUUACAAACCAGUCCAUGCAGAAAUCCAGCAACUAUAAGGAAACCAGGAAACGGCAAUGGAGCACAAAGUUCUGUCCCUCAACAAACACAACUGGCAGCUUUCCGAAAUUUGUCAGAUACAGCCAAUCCAACACACUUCCCUAGGUCUCCAAAUGAAAACCAAUCCACGGCCUCUCAGCAGCAAAACCUUAAACCAGCUACAACUGGAUUUAGUCCAAAUAGAAUGGCUGAUAUAGUCGUUGCUGAUGGCUCUAGUUUUACAAGUAAGUGUUUUUAUAUAUUUUUGACAGACGAGAUUUUAAAAAUUGAGCAGAUGUCACUUAUGUCAGCGAACAUAUAACAAUCAUAUUGACUAUGAUUUAAUCAAGCUUCCCCUUUAAAGAUCCAAAAUUGUAAGCGGAAGAUAUCUAUUUCUGAGCAUGAGAAGCACAAUGGAAGUUAUUUCAUGUACUGUGAAUAUCCCAAUCUUUAUGCGUCUAUUGGAUUUUGAACAUUGCGCAACGAAACCUCCUUUCCACAUUUAUAUUGAAUCAUUGUACAAUUUAUAUUGAAUCAUUGUACAAUUGUAACUUCUGUUCUUAUCUAUCAGAUGUUACCCGAGUACUAAUAACUUUAAUAGAAUAACUUUUAAUGGAUUAGAUGCACUUGUAUACUGUACAAAAGACGCAUUGUUGUAAAAUAAUACACCCUUCCGGAAUAUACUUUGGCUAUAGAAUCUCGUUUUUCUGUUUGCGAUAUGAAUUAAAGCCCAACAUCUCAAUCACAAUAACAAGCCCUAUAGACAAGGUGACGUACUUUCUGGAAGGGUCUCAGUUAAAAGGUAAGGGUCUGGAAAGAUCAUAUAAAGACUUGUACUUACCGCUAAACUGGGAGAACACUGCCUGGAACAGAUAAAGCUAUUCACGAGCGAUUUUCCGGCCGGAGAAAGCAUUCUUAAGAUGAAAGUAAGAGCCCAGCAUAAUGCUUCAAAUAGAGCCAUAGGCGCAUAUAUAAAAGUUUUAUUAUCAGUGAUGUGUCGUCUUAACUCAAGGCAUCAUUCAUUUGCGUUCCUGUGUCUGUGAGUUCAUACCUUGCAAUAUAGUAACGCAGAUAUAUUCGUAAUCUUUUUCGUUGUAAUUUUACUGUUUGUCUGAUGACGUCUUGAGUUAAAACUAAACGUCACUCUCAAUAAAACUUAGAGAGAAAUGAACAAUAACAGAGAACUGAGAGUUUGAAAGAAUUUGUUUCGUUUGAAAAACAGGCGAAAGAAGAACAAUGGCAGGAAAUUCUUUGACAAGAACAAAUCCAUCAGUGACAGGCAACCCACGAAAUCCCCAGGCAGUCGGAAGCAAUGGUUCAAAACAUUCCAAAUUUCAACGUCCAGAAACAGAACGAAGCAGCAUUUCUAAUUUCCAACCCCCUGGCGGUUUUCGUAACCACUACCCAGACAGAGAAGAUAAUUGGUUAUGUAGUCACUACAAACGACAUUGUUACGUCAAAUUUGAAUGUUUCGACAGCUUUUGGCCGUGUCAUCGUUGUCAUAACAACCAAAGCACGUGUGGCCGAAAGAAACUUAAAUCCCGUGACACGAAGAUGCUGAAGUGUGUAUAUUGUAACAAAGUGCAACAGGUAACUCAAAAUUCAUGAUGUACAAAUAAUGUCAAAGCUAAGGCGUGCAUACUUGCCCUGAUUUCAUUCUUGUGUCUUCUAUGUGUCACACUUUUGUCGUAGUUUUAAGUUUAAUAUCAGUCAUUUGCGUGAAUAGAUCAAUCACAUUUGUUAAUUGAACGCAAAUAGUCUAUCAAUUUGAAUCUCUGUGCUAAUUAUUUUUGUUAUUAGUUUGGUAGUUCUUGCUGCGAUUGUGGUGCAACAUUUUCCGAGUAUUACUGUGGAUUGUGCAAACAUUUAACUGGCAAAGAUGAUAAUCCCUAUCAUUGUGAAAAAUGUGGAAUCUGCAGGUGUGGUUUAGUUAGCUUUCAUAACACGGCAUUGUCUUACGCAAGCCAUAAGUAAGUGCAUAUCAUGAAAGAUUCACAAUAAAUAAACAAAUAAGAUUGUCGAUUACAUUGUGGUUAAUACAUCUGCUUUCUACCUCUGGGAAACAAAUGCUUAAAUUAUACAAUAUCUAGUUGUCUCACUCUCACCAUAAAUUUGCCUCAUAAUCAGAUCAGGCCUAGCCUGAACAAACACUAGCUGCACUACAUUUAAUUGAUAAGCAUUUAGAACUUGAAAUCAUUUGCUAAUGAGAGAUGGGCCUUACUGGAGCUCCGGAAAAAUCGCCAGUAAAAAAACAGAUGGAGCUUCCCCGGCAGUAGAAACAAAUUCUGUGAAAUAUAUUAUUUUAAUUUAGAAUUCAUGGAGAUCGUUCGUUUCAUUGUGAUGUCUGUGGAGUUUGUUUGGAUGUCCAGCUUCGUGGAAAUCACAAAUGUCGUGAAGACUCUGCCCAUGAUGAAUGUUGCAUUUGUUUGGAGGUAGUGUAUCAGUUCGAGCUCUUGUAUCAAAUUUCUGGACAGCUAAGUUGAAUCCAUUCUGCUAAUUGACUUGAAAUGGCAUAAAGGUUGUUCUCCACUCAAUGAACCUAUAGCAUUUGUUGUGCCAAUGUCUCUAGUUACAUUGGUGCUUACGAAAUAGUGACAUACGCUACGAAUCACUACAAUAAGGUUUAUGUGUAAACAGAAUUUAAUAUGCUCUCGGCAUUAACUCGGAUCAUAAAACGGAUUUUAAUUUCUUUUCGUGCAGGAUGCCUUCACUGGAUGUCAAAUCCUUCCCUGUUCUCACAAAGUCCACAAAGAAUGUGCAACUCAAAUGAUACGGAGCGGAAUGUGAGCACUUGUACUUUUAUAAUUUGGAGAUUUUAAAAGUGUAGGAAGUAUUGAUAACUAUUGUGAAUUCGUGUACACACGCGUGAGGAGAGGCAAAUCCUUUCAGUAGGAAAGGAUAAAAUCCGAAAUUUAGUGCAUUUUUUGAGAGAGUGGACGGUACUGAGCUUGCGGGCGAGGUGCAGUCUAUUCCCCCAAAUAACCGGCCCUCAGGAUUGAAGCACUUGAACUAAUUAAACCUAGCUAUAAUACGCUGAUAAAUGAUUACUACAAGUCUUUUGUUUCACUUGACUUUGUUCUUUUCAAUGGAAUUCGUUAACCUGACACGCUAUAAUCAGAACCUUUCCACUACUGACAGAUUUUCCAAACAGUAUGAUUAUACGGGGGGGGGUGUAAAAUAAGGAGGACAGUUUUUAUGGUUAAUAAUCUUCAGAAUAGUAUAUGUUCUUCUAAUUCUGAGAAAACGUACAUCAUCAGAAAGUAUUAGGAGUUGUUUUUUACUGAUUUGUUUGUAAAGUUAGUUUAAUUUGUUGAGUUUCCUACUCAUUGGUGAGCGGGUUUUAAUUUCAACAUGCUAUUGCCCAAUUCAGCAAUUGAUAGGGCAUUGGAGGUACCUAUACGACUUAACUUCCUUGACUGAGAAGACGCAAAAGUCUAGCCAUUUAGUGAUGUCAACGUAAAGGUAGUUCUUCCUCCUCAAUUAUUUUAAGACCUUUACUACAGGCCCGAACAAGGAUUGAACCCCGGUUUCCCAGCUUGAAAGGCAAGCGUGGUUCGUGAUGUAAGACGCGGCUCACCACAAGUGCUCGUAUAGUGUAAAGCAAAACUUGCUGGUAAUUUUCAGUAAUUGUGAGUCCCUGUAGGUGCAUUUUUCUGCUAAAGAUAUUAGUGAAACUACCCAGGGAUUUCUUCCGGUGAAACAAUAUUUAUAAUCAAUAUAUCGAAUCAUUAUAGGGAGUUCGCGCAAGCUUAAAACAUGCGUGGUAAACCGUAAUUAUAACGCAUUUAAAGUUAUUAACUGAAUUGAAAAAUAUAGUGCAUAUAAAAAGUCGUAGUUACUGUACUUCGUUUUCAAGACCUAUUUCCAAUAUGCCUCAAUGUUUCUUUUUGUUUAUAUUGCAAGAUAUUUUCAUUGCUGGUUAUAAUCUGAAUGUCUCCACACCGAACAAUCUGAGAAAUUGCUUGACCGCAGUGGGAAUCGAACCGCGACCUUUGUCGUCCAUGUCCAAACCUUUCUACCAUCUGAGUGACGAGGUUGGUCCUUUGUGUAAACAUACUCAGAGUUCUAGAAAUACAGUACAUGCAUGCAACAACCCCUCGCCUAUAUUUUCCAAACAUUGUUUCAACAUGAAGUAUUCGUAAUUACGUCAACACUGUACACUGGCUCGCGUUGUUCACGUCAUGUUAGUCAUGGCAACACGAUAAUUGUUUGUUUUUAUUUUUUGUACAAAACUGUAAAAAAUAAAUUAAACUUGAACACUUUUAAAUACAGAACUAUCAAUUUCUAAAAUAUAUAUUUAGUAGGUAUAUUAUUUUGCUUUCUAUGCAAGGGCUUUAUUUUAAUAUAAAAUUCAAAACAAAACCUUUCGUAAAACGUUUUUAAAUGUGAAUUGAAGUUAACUGCUUU